AUGGGAAAUUAUGUAAGAAGAGGAACAGGAAUACUAGGUACUAAUGCCGAAUGCCCAAUCUGCAAGCGGAAAUUUAACCUUUGGACAACCUUUACUUACUUAUUUAAAUACUUAAUUUAACCGACCUCCUGUUGAGCAGUGUCGCGAGAUGCUUUUUUCCCUCUGUCUUCGAACUCAUGUCGGGCCUCGUAGUCUACUCGAUAAUUCUAGUCCUAGUGAAACCAUCGGAGACCCAGAAGUACUGGAAACAUUAGCGGCUUGGCGAGUCUCCUCGCUCUAUCCCACUUUCCAGCAGUGUCUGCUUGCCUAAGAGUCCUGUUUUUCAUAUCAGCAGAGGAAAGAGGUAAAACACGACACACAAAAUGGGCGAAGUAUAAUUCCUUUCCAUUUUCUCCCUUGUGCAGAAUUCCACAUGCAAAAACCUAACCCAUACUAAAAAGUUGAUGAUUGAAAAGGAAUUUAUGAAAUGAGUUAUAGAAAUUGCCCGAGGAUGGCGCUAUAUUGCGCCAUCCUCGGGCAAUUGGAGACACGGCUCCACACGGGAAUUGUGUUCCACGUGUGGAGCCAUUUUUCCACGUGGGAAAAUGUGGAUUCCACACGUGGAAAAAUGGCUCCACACGUGGAAUACGGUUCCCGUGUGGAGCCAAUUUUCGCUUGCCCUAGGAUGGCGCCAUAUAGCGCCAUCCUAGGGCAAAUCCUAUACCUUUUAUCCAAAGCCCAUUAUUAUCAUUAUUAUAGGCAACCUUCAACAAUUUUAAUUCUCACAUAGACGCUUGCUUGCAAAAAGGUCCGCCUCCUAAAAAAUCUUUCGACGACAGUUCUAUAAAUAAUUCAGAUCUUUACGACCCCAAUAUUCUCUCCCUAAAACAAAAAUGCGAAGAUUUAAAGGUUCCCUGGACAGACAACCACGUAUACAUCAUAAUAGAAAGGGAAAACCUUGUUUAUGAGUCCUUAAAUCAAAUCAACCAGCUCGGUGAAUACGAAAUUCGUUCAGAGUUCCAGAUUUUCUUUUCAGGAGAAAUCGCUCAAGAUGCUGGAGGAUUAAUGAAAGAAUGACUAAAUUUGCUUAUGGCUGAGCUGCUAUCAGAAAGCUGAGGGAUGUUUGUACUUGCGAAUACACAAGAAGUUGCCUAUACAAUCCCUAUUAAAGAAGUGGAGUCUCUUAGCAUGUAUUAUUAUUUGUUUGGAAGAGCGAUUGGGAAAGCUUUAUUAGAAAAUGUUCCUAUUAAUUGUCAUCUUUCUAAAGUGAUUUUUAAGCAUAUUUUACAGUUAAGAGUAGAACUUGAAGAUUUGCGGUAUAUAGACGAAGAACUUUAUAAGUCUUUAUGCUAUAUGCUACAAAAUCCAAUCAAUGGGGUAUUUUUCGAAACUUUUUCAGUCAAAAAAAGACAUUUAGGUGAUGAGUUUAUUAUGGCGCUGGUACAAGAUGGACAGAAUAUAGAAGUAAAUGAUGCUAAUAAAGAAGAAUAUGCUAUAAAAAGGGCAGAGCUGGAGCUGCAUAAUGGGUUUUAUGAAGCUAUAGAAAAUAUAAAGAAUGGGUUUUAUUUCGUAGUUCCAUUUAACGUAAUUUCACACUUAACCCCAGAAGAAUUAGAACAAGCAUUGUGUGGGAUUGAUAUCAUUGAUAUAGUGGAUUGGCAGCUUAAUACAGAAUAUAAAUCUCCAUUUUCAGAAAAUCAUAAAGUUAUAGUGUGAUUUUGGAAAAUUUUAAGACGUCUAAGUCAAAGCCAAUUAUCAAAUCUUCUAGUUUUUGUAACUGGCACUUCUCGGUUACCUAUAGGAGGAUUCACGUCGCUCAAAACUCUUCGUGGGGAUUCUGCGAAAUUUACAAUAGAAUCUGUAAAAUAUGUACCAGGAAUUUUGCCAAGAGCUCACACAUGUUUUAAUAGACUAGACUUGCCUAUUUACCAGUCUAAAAAGGAGCUUAAAAAAGCUUUAUUAUUUGUAAUUGAAAAUCACUCAAUCGGAUUUGGUUUGGAUAAUUAA